ACUAGUUUUCUUUUUAGUACCACUUCGUGAAAUCGUUUUUGGUCUAUGAAUUCCCAGAGGCACAAAAACCGUGGCCCACCUCGAAUCAUCUAAGUACGACUAAGUAGAAAAAGGGGAAGCGAAUUGAAAGGUGAUUAGCUAAUGGCUGAGUUUAGUGGACCCAGAACACCCCGCGUGCGGAACCGACGGCCGGCAGUUUGAAUAUUGCUUCUAGUACACAAUGCACCUUCUUUUCUCCCGCUUCCCGGUCUGUGACCUUCUAGGUAAGUAUGUGCCUAGGUAGGUAGGUCCUACCUGACGAUCAUGUUUUCACCUACGUUCCUUCUCUGGAUAUAUAACUCCCAUAGCGUCACUUCACACUUGACACAAUUUACAAUACCCACCGUAUAAUUCUUCCGCUUCCUCUUUCCCGACUAAAAGCGUCUUCCCUCGGUCAAAGAUGGGGCUUCCCAAAGGACUCUCCUCCAUCCUCGCGAAAUCCCCCUCCGAUACCGUGAUCCUCUCUUCCCUGCGCACGCCCGUCUGCCGCUCGUACCGCGGCCAGCUCAAGGACGCCUACCCCGAGGAGCUGCUCUCGAUCGUGCUGCGCGCCACGCUCGACGCCAACCCGAACCUGCCGCCCGAGGCGGUCGAAGACGUGGCCGUCGGCGUCGUGCUCUCCGAGCUCGGCGGCAGCAAGGCCGCGCGCAUGGCCAUGAACCACGUCGGCUUCCCCACCACCACGUCCCUGUACACGGUGAACCGGGCGUGCAGCAGCAGCCUGCAGAGCAUCGCGACGGUGGCGGCGCAGAUCCGCGCCGAGAUGGUCGGCGUCGGCAUCGCCGCCGGCAUGGAGAGCAUGACGAGGAAUUACGGGUCCAGGGCUAUACCGGUGGAUCUGUGGCCCGCGCUCAAGGAGAGCGGGGUUAAGGACGCGAGGGAUUGUAUUAUGCCGAUGGGGCUUACGAGCGAGAAUGUGGCGCAGAGGUAUGGCGUUGGGCGCAGGGAGCAGGAUGAGUUUGCUGUCGAGUCUCACCGGAGGGCGGCGCGGGCGCAGAGUGAAGGGUUUUUCGACGCGGAGAUUGUACCUGUGCGGACGAGGUUUCAGGAGGUGGAUAAGCAGGGGAAUAAGGUUGGGGAGGAAAAGCAGGUCGAGGUUACUAAGGACGACGGCAUCAGGGCUAAUGCGACGCUCGAGGGGCUUGCUAAGCUCAAGCCGGCGUUCAAGGAGGACGGCGCGAGCACGGCGGGGAAUUCGAGCCAGGUUAGUGACGGGGCCGCUGCCACGUUGCUGCUGAGACGCAGCACGGCGACCGAGCUCGGGUUAUCGUCGAGCAUCAUCGGGAAGUUCGUCGCUGCGACGACGGCGGGGUGCGCGCCGGACGAGAUGGGCAUCGGACCCGCGCUGGCCAUCCCCAAGCUUCUCAGCCAGCUUGGCAUCGGAGCGAAGGACGUAGAUCGGUGGGAGAUCAAUGAGGCUUUCGCUAGUCAGGCUAUUUACUGCGUGAGAGAGCUUGGGCUGGAAAAGGAUUGGGAACAGGGCAAGGUCAACCCUGAUGGAGGCGCCAUCGCUCUGGGCCACCCGCUCGGUGCUACCGGCGCGAGGAUGACGAGCACGUUGCUACACGGCCUAGGGAGGAGCGGCGGGGAAGUCGGCGUGGUGAGCAUGUGCAUUGGUACUGGGAUGGGCAUGGCGGGGUUGUUCGUCAGGGAGUAGGCCCUAAUAGCCCAUCUUUGUGCGUGUGACAAUAGAGAUAAUAGGAUAUGUUUUUCGAUGCUUCCUUUGUUUCAAUGGCCUGAUGUAUUGUUUCUUCUCCAAGAAAAGCGUUUCGUGGACAAAGGUUCCCGAGGCGAACAAGUCUACAAUAAGCAAGCGAACCAGCCCGCAUUCAGACUAAGCAGCUGUUGAGACUGCUUCCGGGGGGUAAAUUUGAUAUAUGCUAAUAUUCAACAGGCUUUUGUUGUUAAUGGUUAUCUAAUAUGAGAUCGUGGUUAGGAUGGCCUCGUCGUAUAGGCAUUGCCCCCUAAUCACUAACAGAUACAUGCGCCUGAGGACGUAUUAAAAACAGCAAGAAUUGGCACGGCGAUCACGCGCUUUCAAUAAUCAUAUCCCCUGUCUGAUGGGCGAGCCCUGCUGGAGAUUCCAAGGUCCAGACUAAAGGAGAACAGAAAAAG